GCUUUCCUUUCCCCCGAAGACUGGGUAGGCUGCUGCCGGAAUGGGCAAGUUUAUGAAACCCGGGAAAGUGGUGCUGGUCCUGGCCGGACGCUACUCCGGUCGCAAAGCCGUCAUCGUGAAGAACAUUGAUGAUGGCACGUCAGACCGCCCCUACAGCCAUGCUCUGGUGGCUGGAAUUGACCGCUAUCCUCGAAAAGUGACAGCUGCCAUGGGAAAGAAGAAAAUCGCCAAGAGAUCGAAGAUCAAAUCUUUUGUGAAAGUUUAUAACUACAAUCACCUCAUGCCCACAAGGUACUCUGUGGAUAUCCCCUUAGACAAAACUGUUGUCAACAAGGACGUCUUCAGAGACCCUGCUCUUAAACGCAAGGCCCGACGGGAGGCCAAGGUCAAGUUUGAAGAGAGGUACAAGACGGGCAAGAAUAAGUGGUUCUUCCAGAAGCUUCGGUUUUAAAUGGUUUCUUUUGUUUUGGUCAUUAAAAAGAAAAAAACCUG